AGAUGGUGUGUUAUUCUGUAAGUGUGAUCCUCUCCUCUGGCUUCACCCUGAACAUCUGGGAUGUCCUGUGGUAUUUCCGACAGCAGCAGCUCCUUCGCUCAAACGAUUGAAUAGAAGGAAGCGCUGCUGGCUGACUUUUUCCUCCCUCAGAGACGCACUUCCUCCAGCCCUUCAGUCGAGCUCGAGCGAGGCCGGAGGACGCAGGAGGAACAUGGAGGUCCCGCUCCUACUUUUCUUUCUGCUCUGGAGAUCCAGCUGUGCAUACACAUCUCCAGCCACCUCCACCUUUUCUUCAUCCACACCGCUGGACCUGUCUAACUCCGCCCAAACCAUCAGGAGUCCUGGGAACGCUGUCACGGACAAUCUGUCACCUCCAGAUGUUUCCCCUGCAGUCACCCACCUAUCCCCUUUAAAUGGCACAGCUGCUUUUACCACAGACCAGUCAGUCGCCUCGGAGACCUCGUCAGGUGGAGGUGACUCCCUAGUCAGGACGGAGGUGGUCAUGUCAUCGUACGAGUCAUCGUCCUCUAUCGCUAGAAACCAGUCCGAGUCGAGCGGAGAUGGGGGCGUGACGCUGGGUUCCUCACAUGUGAGCACAGGUGGAGCAACAGACGUCAUAACUGAGCUACAACCCGAGGAUGGAUCCACAUACCAAACAUCUGCAGCACCCUCAGACAGCACCGCCUCAGCUGCACCCACCACCACCACUCCUCCACCGUCUGCAUCCAGCACCAGCACACAUAGACCACCCAGGACUCACAGCCAGACCCCGCCCACAGACACAGACUCCACCCUUCAUCCAAACAUCUCAGAGAGUCUGACUCCAGGAGUAUUAUCAACAGCACCAACAGGUGAUGCGGUCCCUGCAAGUAGCACCUCAGCUCCAUCAGUCCCACAAACGAGUACAACAAACACCAGCACCACUGCUGCUGUAACCACACCCUCUACGAGCAGCAUAACAGCGCCUGCUCCAACCACAGCCAUCAAAACCACACCUCCUACAGCCACCAGUAGCACCACCCCUGUCACAACUACAGAGACUACAGUCGCACCAUCAGUAACAACACCAGCAACUACACACACAACCAUACCUCUGCCAGCUACAACAGCCAGCUUGACACACACCAUCCAACCCUCCACUCGUGCCUCCACUGCCGCUACAACUGCAGCAACCACACCCACAGCCACGAACCCGUCUCUAACCGAAACCACACCUGCCACUGCCAGUACCACCACCCCCACCACAACCACAGAGACUGCAGCCACACUAUCCAUAACAACACCAGCAACUACACCUACAUCCAUGGCACCAUCUCAUACCACAGUCACCAAAACCACACCACCCAUCACUCCCGGUGAUAGUUUCCCAGCUACAACUGCAGAUACUAGAACCACCAAGAGCAUCAUAACAACCUCCGCUACAACCACUCCACCUACGACUGCAACAGCAUCUCCCGCUACAACCACUCCACCUACGACUGCAACAGCAUCUCCCGCUACAACCACUCCACCUACGACUGCAACAGCAUCUCCCGCUACAACCACUCCACCUACGACUGCAACAGCAUCUCCCGCUACAACCACUCCACCUACGACUGCAACGGCAUCUCCCGCUACAACCACUCCACCUACGACUGCAACGGCAUCUCCUGCUACAACCCCCAAAACCACGGCAACCACCACUACCAGCCCCACAGCAACAAGCACCACCGCUCCAGCAACAAGCACGCUUCAAACUACUACGUCCAGAGUCACCUCCACCACACCUGUCCAGACCUCAGAGGGUCCCCGAUGCUCCGCAGACCUGAAGGAGAUCAGCUCCAGCUCGGACUCCGUCGCGGUGCAGGUAACGUCGGCCGGUCUGUCCUGUAACUUCAGUCUGUUCUGCGUUCUGGACUCAGGGUCCAGUCCUGCCCACUGCGACUCUGAUGGAGAGACCAGGAGCGCCACCAUCUGUAAUAUAACGGGACUGCAACCCGGGACAGUGUGUCAGCUGACAGCGGUUUCCAGGAAGGAUGGCGAGAUUAGCCACGGGACAGUUCAGACAGACCCAGUUGGCCCAGCUCAUCUGGACCUCCAGCUGGGCCCAGCUCAACCUCAUCACAAAAGCCUGUUUACGGUUCCAAGCGGCUCGGCUCUGACGGUGUCCUGGACUCGGCCUACCGGUCAUGUGGACUGGUACGAUGUGACUCUGGAGGACACGAGCUCCGGAUCCCGGCGCAGGACCAGAAUCAAGGGCUCUGCAGCCUCCCAAGCCAUGUUCACCUCCCUGAUUCCCGGGACUCUGUACAAAGUCAGUGUGGUAGCUUCAGCUGGGAACAAGAGCGCCUCACCUGUCCACGCAAUGACAGCUACAGCUCCCUCCUCAGUGGACGGCCUGCAGGUGGCGUCCUCUUCCUCACACAGCCUCGGGGUGACUUGGCGGGUCGGCUCAGGCCGCACGGAGAACCUCAGGGUUCUGCUGAGGGAUCGGGCUGGCGUUCUGCUGAAGAACAUCACUCUGAAGAACAGCAGCACCUCGGCGGAGCUGGAUGGUCUGCACCCAGGGACCCCGUACAGCAUCACCGUGGUAACAGAAGCAGUCGGCCUUCAGAGAUCCGCCUCGACAGCAUCUGUCACAGCCCCAGCACCAGUGUCACGUCUCGUCCUCGAAAACAACGGCAGCUCAGACCGCCUGCGGGCCUCCUGGCUCCCACCUAAAGGAGGGGUGGAAUCCUACCUGGUGACCCUGAGGGCUCCAGGAUCCGACCCUCAGCUACGUCACCUUCUCCCCAACAUCACCCAAGUGGAGUUUGAGGGUCUGACCCCCGGGCGUAGCUACGAGGUGUCAGUCAGCUCCUCAGCAGGCGGUCAGAGCACCGAGAGCAGGAGCACAGCGAGGACAGUACCUGACCAGGUGUCAGCGCUCUCCAUGUCGGCUGAUGCUCGAACACUGUGGCUCAGCUGGCUGCCCCCCAGAGGCGACUGGGAGAACUACAGCGUCAUCCUGAAGAACGGCUCGGUGGUUCUGGCAAAUGAGACCGUCAGUAAGGCAAGCAGGCAGCACGCCUUCUCCAUCCUCGGCCUGGUCCCCGGACGACUCUACAGCGCAGAGGUCACAGUUCACAGCGGCGUUCUGGGCAACACGGCGCGCUGCAGCAGUCAGCUGGCGCCGUGGCCCGUGCAGCAGCUGCUCGUACGCCAGGCUGACGAAACCUCGCUAAGCGUCCGGUGGAGUCGGCCGCUCGGACAAUGGGACGGCUUCACCGUGCUCCUCAGGUGGGCAACCGCCGCUGCCACCAUCGUUGAUCAGAGGGUCCUCGGCUGGGAGGCCAAAGAGUGCACUUUCAACAGCAUCACGCCUGGGGGCCAGUACAUCAUUACCGUGACAACCAACAGCGGUAACCUGAGCAGUUCCGCCUCUGUGACGGCACGGACCACUCCGGCUCAGGUCAGUGGGCUGCAGCUCUCCAACCUCGGCAGCACCGACAGCCUGCAGGCGCGGUGGGCACCGGCCUCCGGAUAUCUGGACUCCUACCAAGUCCUGCUGGUUCACGACAGCAGCGUCAUCAAGAAUGAGAGCGUGAUGGCCAACAUCAGCAGCCUCAGCUUCCAGGCCCUGAGACCGGGUGCCCUGUAUCGCGUGGUGGUGACCACGGUCCGAGGGGGCCACGUCUCCAGACAGACGGUGUCCGAGGGACGCACAGUGCCGGCGGCAGUGAGCGAUGUCAGGGUCAGCAACAACGGGCGCACGGACUUCCUCAGCGUGUCUUGGAGUCAGGCUGUAGGUGAGGUGGACAGAUACCUGGUGACCCUGAGUGACGGGGAGAGGACCAUUCACACCCUCACCGUGCCCAAGUCGACCCCAACAUGCGUUUUCGACUCGCUGGUGUCUGGACGCCUCUACAACAUCUCCAUCACUACCUGCAGCGAUCUCUACAAAAACCACACUUUCAUCCAGGAGAGGACACAGCCGUCGAAGGUCCAGAGCCCCACAGCGACCCACAAUGCUUCGGACAGCUACCUGAAGGUGUAUUGGCGUCACGCUGCUGGAGACUUCGACCUGUACCAGGUGUUCAUCAAGCACAACAACGUCUUCCUGCAAAACAAGACGGUUCCAAAGACGGAGCACAACUGCGUGUUCACCGGCCUGGUGCCCGGCAGACUCUACACAGUGCUAGUGACCACGUGGAGCGGAAAGUACGAAGCCAUUGCCUCCACCCAUGGCAGCACCUUCCCAGCGGCGGUGCGUUCCCUGACUCUGGCUGGGCGGGGCACCGAGGACCUGCGGGUGACGUGGAUGGCAGCUCCGGGUGACGUGGAUCACUACGAAGUGCAGCUGCUGUUCAGCGACAUGAAGGUGUUUCCUCCCAUCACUCUGGGCAGCGGCGUGAGGGAUUGCAUCCUGUCAUCACUCACACCUGGGCGGCUUUACAAGAUCAUAGUUUCCACAUACAGCGGCACCAAUCAGAAGGCCCGGUACAUAGAGGGUCGCACAGUUCCCAGUAAAGUGAAGAACAUCCACGUUAGCAACAGUGGAGACAGCAGCAGUCUGAUGGUGAGCUGGACUCCUGGUCCGGGCGAUGUAGACGGAUUCUCCGUGUUUCUCUACAGAGAAAGUCGAAAGUUAAGUGUCCGAAGCGUCCUCAAGCACCAGAACGAGGUGACGUUCGGCUCCCUGCAGCCCGGCCAGGUGUACACCAUCAUGGUUCAGUCUGUGAGUGGAGACCUGGUGAACAACAACACGGUCACAGGGCGUACAGUCCCCUCUGCAGUGACAGGGCUCCAGGUGGACUCCCACCACACCACCUGUAGUAUCCAGGUGAGCUGGCAGGAGGCUCUGGGUGUGGCUGAUGGAUAUGUCCUCCAAGUUCUGGAUGACAGAGGCAGCAUGGUGAGAAACGUCUCUCAGCCCUUUGGACACACCUGGCAGCAGUUUGACGGCCUCACACCAGGAAAGAAGUAUCGAGUCCUGGUCCAGACCACCAGCGGCGGGGUCCACAGUGUUGGGGUCAGCACUGAGGCUCGGACAAACCCAGCGGUGGUCACCAAUCUGGCCGUCGCUGCAAACACCACCACCAGCCUGUCCUUCCACUGGUCACCACCAGAGGGAGACUUUCAGCUGUAUGAAGUUUUUCUGUAUGAUCGUAAUGACCAGCUGCACGAGAAAAAGCGCGUCCAGUCCAACAGUCAGCAGUGCUCUUUUCAGGGCCUCAGACCUGGUGCUCCUUACAAGAUGUUGAUCCAGAUCCACAGUGGAGACCAGACCAACCAGACCUCCAUCGACGCCAGAACAGUCCCGUCAGCCGCAGCGUUCCUGAAAGCUAAGAGUGGAAACCAGUCUGACAGUCUUUGGGUAAACUGGGAGCGUGGUGACGGUGAUCUAAGUGGAUACCAGCUGUAUCUCUACAACCCCAACGGUUCUCAGCAGGCCAUGCAUCAGCUGGGCUCAGAGGCCACAGGGUUCAUCUUCUCAGGCCUUGUAGCGGGUCGCCUGUAUCGAGCCGAGGUGCUGAGCCAGAGCGGCGGGCUCAGCAACAGGGCAAGCACCCUGGGCCGGACGGCUCCCAGACCACCUGCCUCCAUCUUGUUCAGGGGGGUGACCAACACCUCCCUGGAGAUCACAUGGAGUGGCCCUGUGGACUCCGACUAUGAUGACUUUGACCUGCAGUGGACUCCUCGGGACCGGCUGUCCAUCAUCAAUCCGUACCACACCCGGACGUCCAGCAACCGCAUCCUGAGGGGGAUGUUCCCUGGACGGCUCUACAACUUCAGCCUCCGCACCAUCAGUGGGACCACAGAGCCUGGGGCCACACCUACCUAUAGCACACCUAUCCGCAAAAGCAUCCGCACCAAGCCAGAGAGAGUCCACAGCCUCCACUGUCGCCCUCAGAGUUCCACCUCCAUCUCCUGCUCCUGGGUAACCCCGGACACCGAUUACGACUCCUACACCAUCGAGUGUCUCCGCAAGGAUUCCCACACACUGAUGUACUCCAGACUCGCUGAGCGGGACUCCAACAGCUACAUCAUCACUGAGCUGGAGCCUCACAAACACUACACGGUCUCUGUGAAGGUCAUGUCUGGUGGGAAGCCCAGCGACGAGGCUCAGGACAACAUGGUCACCAUGCUUGACCGUCCUCCGGUGCCCCCCUCCGGUACCCGGGUCAGUGAGCAGUCUGCUGUGGUCACCAAGUCCUCCAUCUCCUUCCAGUUUAACUGCAGCUGGUUCAGUGACGUCAAUGGAGCUGUUAAGUACUUCACUGUAGUAGUGACUGAGUCUGAAGAUGUUAGCCUAAUGCAGCUGGAGCAGAAGCACCCACUGCCCUCCUACCUGGACUACAGCUCCAACAGCUCCGUCAGGUCCUACCAGACCAGCUAUUUCCCCAGCCGAUGCACCGAGAGCCCUGACAGCACCACCCAGAGCUUUAACAUCAGCUUGGGGACUGGGAUGGACUUGCUAGGGGGCACCUGUGAUGCCAGAGGCUCAGACCAGGACCCAGAGUCUAGCGGAGAUCUGAACCACUUCUGUGAUGGACCCCUGAAGCCAAAGACUGCCUACAGGAUCAGCGUCCGAGCUUUCACUCAGCUGUUUGAUGAUGAUGCAAAGGACUUGAGUGUCUUGUCUCCACUGUUCUCUGACACCUGCCUAUCGCAACCCAUCAUCACUGAGGCUGAGCCUCUGAGCGGUGUCAUCGAAGGUGUGAGUGCUGGACUCUUCCUCGCUGCUGUGAUUGUGGGAAUCACCGUUCUGUUUGUCUGCAGGCACAGAACUCGCAAAGUUGAGGAAGAGAGGCUGGAGGUCAGGAUAAAUAUGAGGAGAGAGAGAGCAGCAGCAGGGAACCAGCUGGGUGUCAGAGGCCGUCGAAUCUCCAGUCCCAUUAAGAUUGUGAACUUUGAGUCUCACUACAGCAAACUACAGGCUGACUCCAACUACCUGAUGUCAGAGGAGUAUGAGGAUCUGAAGGACGUCGGUCGUAACCAGCCUCUGGACUCGGCUCUGCUGCCGGAGAACCGGGGAAAGAACCGAUACAAUAACAUCCUGCCCUACGACUCGACGAGGGUCAAGCUGUCCUACGUUGAUGACGACCCCUGCUCUGACUACAUCAAUGCCAGUUACAUCCCAGGUAACAACUUCCGGCGGGAGUACAUCGCCACACAGGGUCCUCUGCCUGGAACUAAAGACGACUUCUGGAAGAUGGUUUGGGAGCAGAAUGUCCACAAUGUGGUGAUGGUCACUCAGUGUGUGGAGAAAGGAAGGGUGAAAUGUGAUCACUACUGGCCGUUCGAUCAGGAUCCUCUGUACUACGGAGACCUGAUCGUCCAGAUGCUGUCAGAAUCGGUUCUACCUGAGUGGACCAUCAGAGAGUUUAACAUCUACAGCGAGGAGCAGCUCGGCUUCAGCCGCCUGGUUCGUCAGUUUCACUACACGGUGUGGCCGGACCACGGUGUCCCAGAGACCACUCAGUCCCUCAUCCAGUUUGUCCGUACUGUCCGAGACUACGUCAACAGGACUUCGGGAUCUGGACCCACUGUAGUCCACUGCAGCGCCGGUGUGGGCCGGACGGGGACUUUCAUUGUCCUGGAUCGAGUGCUGCAGCAGCUGGACGCCAAAGACACGGUGGAUAUCUACGGCGCCGUGUUUGACCUGCGACUCCAUCGAUCCCACAUGGUGCAGACUGAGGUGCAGUAUGCAUACCUGCAUCAGUGUGUCAGAGACGUCCUCAGAGCCAGGAAGCUACGCAGCGAGCAGGAGGGAAUGUACAGGAUGUGAGGCGACGCUGACCCUGACCGUAACGAUUGUACUGACUGCUGAGCCAUUGCUGAGCUCUUCAGAGAGACAUGUCCAUAUAUUUUUCUACAGUGUUCGUAUGUCACAGAGAAAUGUUUAUAACUUUAAUUUGUUUUAAUUUAUGUUCAGCUGUGUGACAUCUGUCUGUAUAGAUUAUCUAUAGAUUAUUGGUUGUAUCAUCUCCUAUGUGUUUGAUUUGCUGGAAUAUUGGCUCCAGUUUCUCGGUUGAGUUUCUGUUGUCCUGUUUAUAUCUCUGUCACAGGUGCUCAUACCUGUAAGUUUACCUGUGCUUGUACCUGUAAGUGUACCUGUGCUCGUCUGUAUGUGAGCAGCUUAUUAAACACACAACACAAAAUUAUCAGCUCUCUAAUUAUUCAUCCAGAAACUCUAUGAUAAUCUGAGCAGGAUUAUUUCAGUACGACUGAACUCUGAGCACAAGAAGAAAAGAACAUAAAGCUUCUAAAACGAAAGAAGUUUUUCACUAUGAAUUAUGGGACGUAAUCGUCUCCUCUCCUGCUUCAGUGCUUCCUAAAGGAGAUCCUAUCCGGUCUUUAAGUGAUGAUCUGAUGAAUCCUGCUUCCGGGUCCAAACUACUCUGCGUUUAAUAAGGCUGUUGUGUUUUUAACAUGCUUUGUAUCUUGUUUUAUUUAAUCUGAACAAGCCCCUAAAAACAGUCAGUGAUCACUGUCGGCCUCUCUCGGUUUUUAUUGCCGCUGUUCAUUUUAAAGCUCAGUGUUUAAACCCUUAGAUGUAACUCCAGCCCAGCCCAUGCAGCAGUAUAUUAAUGACUAACCUCGUAUUGUGGCUGGAUUAUCUCAGUUGUUCUCCCGACUGAGGUUUGGUCCGUUUACAGCAUCCUGCCAUGCGAUUGCAUUUGUCUCUAACCAUCGGGAACCCUCACGUUAACUUUUAUCGAGUGGAAAAAAGUUAGCGUUCAUCCUCCAGCUUCAUUGUGUUUAUGCUAUGCUAACAUAGCUGUGUCGCUAGCGAUCACGUAGCACAUCAUUAUAUAGCAGCUAGCCCAACUUCAGUAACCCUACAAACGUCACUGCUGUUUAGUUUUCUGUCUUCAUUUAUGUUGGAAGUGAUAGCAGAGCUGUACGUUUUAAUCUCUCAGUCAGAACAUGCUAUAUCAUGUUUAGGUGGAAACUAGCGAGCUAACUUACUGCUAACUUCUAACUCUGUUAAAUGUAAUAAAUUCUGUUUUCAUGGAUGUCUGGA